AGGAAUUCGGUCGUUGAACCUUCACUGAGCACAAAUAUCUGCCAGGCACUACCCUGAGCGCCGUGGACUCACCGGUAAACGAGCAGACAAGGGCCCUGCUCUCAAGUAGCUGACAGUCUAGUGGACGAAGCAGACUAUAAACAAGUUGGUCUCCGCUCAUGUCUUUUAAUCUUGAAGACUUCAAAAUACACUUGGAUCUACCACUCUUUCGGAAAACAUCUCUACCAAGCAAUAAAUUACCCACUGUACUCUUAUAUUAUAGAAGUUUUUGAGUUCUCCAAAUCUAAUCAAGAUUUCCUUCCAUUUUCCCAUGAAGCCACAUUAUUGCUUAUUCACUUUAGUGGUGAGUGUUAUUGUGCCAGCUGCUUUUGUUUUGGAAGAUGUGGACUUCAACCAAAUGUCCCCACUGGGAGCAAAUCAUAGUUCUUACAAUGCUUCAUUUCCCCUAAGCUUUGAACUCUCAGCAAAUUCCCACUCAGGUGAUGAUGUCAUCAUAGCCAAAGAGGGAACUAGCAUUUCAAUCGAGUGUCUUCUCACAGUUGGUCACAAUGAAGAUGUCCAUUGGUACAACUCAAAAGGACAACAGCUGGAUGGCAGAGGCAGAGGUGGAAAAUGGUUGGUUUCUGAUAACUUCCUAAACAUCACCAACGUAGCCUUUGAUGACCGUGGGCUCUAUACAUGCUUCGUCACCUCUCCAAUUCGUGCCUCCUACUCUGUCACCCUACGAGUCAUCUUCACCUCAGGAGACAUGAGUAUCUACUAUAUGAUUGUUUGCCUGAUUGCCUUUACAAUCACUCUUAUCUUGAAUGUCACACGGCUGUGCAUGAUGAGCAGCCAUCUUCGCAAGACUGAGAAGGCCAUCAAUGAAUUCUUCAGAACUGAAGGGGCUGAGAAACUUCAGAAGGCCUUUGAGAUUGCAAAACGCAUCCCUAUCAUCACCUCAGCCAAGACUCUGGAGCUCGCCAAAGUCACACAAUUUAAGACCAUGGAGUUUGCUCGUUAUAUUGAAGAACUGGCAAGAAGCGUUCCUCUUCCACCCCUUAUUCUAAACUGUCGGGCCUUUGUUGAGGAGAUGUUUGAGGCUGUGCGAGUGGAUGACCCUGAUGACCUGGGAGAAAGAAUUAAAGAGAGACCUGCCUUGAAUGCUCAAGGUGGCAUCUAUGUCAUUAACCCAGAGAUGGGGCGGAGUAAUUCACCAGGAGGAGAUUCAGAUGAUGGUUCUCUGAAUGAACAGGGCCAGGAGAUAGCAGUUCAGGUUUCUGUCCACCUUCAGUCAGAGACCAAAAGUAUUGACACAGAUUCUCAAGACAGCAGUCAUUUCAGCCCGCCUGAUGAUACAGGAUCAGCCGAAUCUAACUACAAAGGUGGGGCAUAUGAAAACUGUUAGCUAUGAGCUAUCACUAUACCUAUAAUAACAGUUCUCAGAAAAGGAACCUAUUUCUUGGAGGAAAUAACAUUUUUACCAAAAGGUGAUCGGGUUUUCCCUUUGUUAAUAUUAAGCACAUCAGAACAUGAAUUGCCAAAAUCUUUGUGAAAAUGCAGUGUUUUCCUAUAUAAUAUUUCUCAGUCAUUUUCCUUGAGCUUGAUUAAAUGAUGCAUGUUAGGAUUUAAAGGAGCCUAAGAGCUAAACAUGAUGGGUAAAGUACUGAACUAAGAGUCUCAUGGUUUCUCUUCUGGUCGCAGAUCUUCCAUUGGUUAGAUCUGACACUUAACUUGAGGCCUCAGUGUUCCCAUCAAUAAAAUAAGGGAUUUGCAUUAAAUAAGAUCUAAAGUUGUUUCUAGCCCAAUAACUACUUACCCUUCAGCUUUAAACUACCAAAAUUUUUAGCACAUCUCUAAGAGAACCUUUCCCUAGACUUUUAGUCUCUUAUUUUGGAGAAAACCAACCUGAGACUUUAUUUUGUAAUCCAGAUUUCUACACCAGUGUACAGACGUGUGGGUGUUUUUCAGAUAUUUCACCUUGUGGAGCAUGUAAUUAUAUGUGUGAGGUUGGAUCUUUUUGAUGUAGCACAUGUCUGUUAUACAGAUAGCAAGACGCUAACUGUUCAUUAGUAAACUAUUUUGCGUGAGUAAAUUGGUCCUUCUUGGGGUAUAUCAUGUCUUUUUAAUUUACUGAGACAUCACUUAGUUUAUUGAGACUGGCAGUGAUUUCCCAACUGAUAUCCCAAAGUGAGGAAUUUGUUCCUAAGGAAUAAUGUCUUUGAUGCUUUUAGAAUAAGAUCAAUGAAAAAUCAUGUUUGGCAAAUGAUGGAUUUUGAUAAUUCUGUUAAUAAAAUUCCUCAGGCUUUCCUUUUCUGAAAGAACUGGACUCUGUAAGUAGGGUCUAUGUUUGGGAUCCCAUUCUAAGAAAACCCAGAGCUGGAUUCCUCAUUCAGACCUCUGUCAACACUCUCGCACUCUGUGGUCUUAAGUAUGGUGCUAAAGGUUUAGCCUCCUUAUCUUGUUUGUUUUGUUGAUAUUUUAUUGUAGAAGUGUUUAUUUUUUGUACUUCAGAUACAUAAUUCUAAGCUAGGGCUGCAUUUGUGGCCUUUCUGAGAAGCACUAACCUGAAAUAAAAUUAGAUAAUUAUGUGUGAUGUGUUACUAUAUUAAAGUACACACACACACACACACAUACACACACACACAAAUAAUGUAGACAUAAAGAGGGGGAAAAAUGAUGGAUGAUGCCACCUGGUUCAGCUGUGUAUAAUAAACACUUAAGAUGUCAUUUCUUGCCUGGAUGAGAUCUGAUAUAAUGGAAUUGUAAAUACUCUUCAGAGCUAUUUCUUCAGCUCCAGGAAGCUUGGUGCCAUAUAAUUUUAAGAACUUAGCUGUGGAGCUCCAUUUGGUGCUUCACGUUUCUUCAUUUGGCUUCUGAUUAUUGAAGCAUUACUUAAACUAGAGGCUCCUGAGGGAAACGUACAGAGGAGGUAUUAUCAGGAUUUUAAUUUAAGGUUUCAGAGGAGGACAGGAAAUUCAAAGCAUGACCAGAUAGAAUUCAUGCCUCCCUUUGUCCAGGCUUAUCAGAAGUAAUACAUCUGCUCUGGAUAACAUAAAUGAAUCAAUGUGCAGUUCUAUCAGGUGGCAUUAUGUAUAAAGAUAAUGCUGCCUUUUCUGUCUCAGGCUGUUUCCAUGGAAACCUCCAGAGCCAAACAAAAGCUACCAAUCAUUUAGCCAAAGCUUGCUUUGGCUCAUAGACCUGUGUUUCUUUAAGGAAAACUACUUUCAUAUAUUUGGUAAUGAGAGCAAGGGCUCUUGAGCAUAUCCUAGAUUAUAGACCACUUUUUCCAUUCAAACAAUGUUUCUCUUGAAAAAUUAAUAAAUGUUCAAAUCCUUUGGGGUCAGUCCCCUGAAUAUCCCUCAGAUCUUUAGACAGUACUCCCAACACUGUCCCAACGUAGCAGGUUUAGGAUCAUUUCUUAGAAGGUAGCUUGUCACAUUAAAGAGAAUGGUGUUACCCAACAAGUUCUCAUAAGGGAUAUUAGUGUUUGGAAUCCUGAAGUAGACAUAUUUAAUGAUUGAAGUCCUGGGAAACAGAACUUUUGAAAAAUUGGGAAAUAUUUUUUAAAUCUGUAGGUUUGCACAAUAUUACAUAAUAAUUAAAUACAGGCUACUCCAUUGUGUCCUUGAUAAAUUAUUUUAGAAACAUAACUGUGACCUAAUUUGGUGGCCAAAGUAACUGGUUUACUCUGAAUGUUCCAGGUUAUGGUGUCAUUGAUGAAGAAUUAAAGUAGGUCAGAAUUAAAUCAGAGUUGGUAUUAUUUUGUAAAGCUAGUUUUCAAGAGGAAGAAAACCACACUUACUAAUGUUUUUUGUAUCUAAUCAAAUACUCUUCAUAUAUAAUUAACACUUCUUAAGUUAUCCUUUUGUAAAAUCCUUAACCUUUUGAACUUAAACUACAGUCUAAAAUCUUUUGACAAUAACGGUAGUGUAAUUAUCUUUUUGUCUCACUGGAUUUUAUAGUUAGUGAAAAAUGCUUUUACCCAACAAAAUGUAUUUAAAAUAGUUCUGUCAUCUCAUUUGUAAAUUUUGUCUUGGAUUGUGACUUAAUGAAUCUUAUUGUCCUUAUGAAAUGGUAGCUUAGUGAAAUAAAUUUACCAAAAACUGGCAUUUAACCAUCUUUAUAGAUUCCUUACCAGCCAAAACCGGAUAGACAAGUAUCUUUUGAGCUGGUACCCCACCUGAGUUUAUAGGUAAUUCGAUAACCACCUAUCCUCAAAGUUGGGUCUGUUGUGAUAGUUUAAUUCGAGUCAGGGCCAGUGAGCAUUUAUAUUUUCUACCAGCUACCUUGAUAUAAAUAUCAUGGGAGUUGCUGACCUCGAGUGGUUGUGAAAAGGCUCCUGGCUUUCUUGCCUCACUUAACAUCUGUUAGUCAGAGCAGUAUCUGCACACUGCUUUUCCUUCUUUCCUCUAGCCACAGGGAGCCCCUUGAUCCAGUCCUCUCCAUACCCUGCAUGUCAUUUUACCCUAGAUCAGACUUUUGUCUCGGAUCCCAGAGCAGCACAGGAGGAGCACUUCAUGCCUGUUUUCUAGAGCCCAACCAGUCAUGGGUGCUACCCUUGUCUCUAUACACCAGCAGUUGUAAUGCACGUGUGCUUUAUUUCCUGAGUCACCACUAAGAGAAUGCAGUCUUCUCAUGUAGGCCAGGAAUGUUGAAAAUCCUCAGCCUUAUAUAAAAACUGGAUUCUCAUUAAUACAUUUCACAAAGGUACAUGAGUAUUAUUUGAUAUGGUUCAGAUAAGAUUUAA